AACUGGGUCGGCGGCCCGCCCGGUCCUCGUAGCACCGCGCAGCAGCGAACUCAAGAAGUCUCAACUACAUAAAAGGCCCUCUGAUUGAGCAAAUAUCAUCGCUCCUCUCAACAACGUGCUCACGAUGGUCUGCUUCUCGCUCGCACGCUGCUUGGCUCUCCUCGGUUCGCUGACCGCCGUGCUGGCGGUGACGACCUGCGACGUGACCGACUACGGCGGCGUCGCGGACAACUCGACCGACCUCGGUCCCGCGAUCACCAAAGCGUACUCGGACUGCGUGUCCGGAGCGACAACGUCGGACGCGUCUGACACCGUCCUGCUCGUUCCCUCGGGUGACUGGGCGAUUGCGACCGCCGUAUCGCUCACGAGCGUGUCGGACUUUACACUCGAGAUCAACGGCGCGGUGUACCUUGUCUUCAAUGCUGACCUUACUGGGACGAUAUUCAGCUUCGACGACUGCGACAACAUUAUCUGGCAGGGCGAGGGCCACAUCUGGGGUAACGGCGAGCUCUGGCGUCCGGACGGCGAUCUGAGCACAUACCCGAGCCGUCCCCGUCUGGUGCGCUUCCAGGACUGCAACAACGUCGACAUGAGUGGCGUCGCACUUCACAACGCCCCUAUGUUCCACGUUACCAUCAUCGGAGACAACAACGUCGCGCACGACAUGUCGAUCAUCGCGGACCACAUCGGUGAAACGGAUGGAUUCGACAUCUCAGGCAAUAACAACUACGUGCAUGACGUCUACGUCGAAAACGGAGACGAGUGCGUGACUGUCAAGACCCCCACUAACGGAUUCGUCGGCGAGAACAUCCAAUGCUAUUACUCAGCAGGCAAGCGGAACAUUAUCUUGAACGUGUACUACAAGAACGUCACACACUCCUAUGGCGAUGGUGGUAUCGUCCUGAAGUCCUACCCCACUGCCUCCGGCACAGUCAAGAACGCAACAUAUGUUGACUUCACCUUCUCCGAUAUCGCGUAUCCCAUUCAGGUGUCCGACUUUUGGUGCCCGAACGAAGCAUGCCCGACGACGACCGGAGACCUGACCUGGUCAGAUAUCACAUUCACCGACAUCUCCGGCACCGGUGACGACACCACGCGCCCGACCAUCCAGGUCGAGUGUAUCUCCGGUUACGAAUGUGAGAACAUUGUCUUCAACAACGUCGACAUCACCAAGGAAGGCGGCGCGACGGUCACCAUCCAGAUCGAGAACGCGUGCGGAUCCGGCCUUAGCGAGAUCUCUGCCUGCUAA